AUGCCAGAAACACCCUCUCAAACCAGUGCGAAGAUUGACCAGGUGAUUAAUAAAUUGAACUCGAAAUGGGGCCUGCAGAUCAGACGACUGCAUGGCACAGAAGCUCGUCAAGCAAGAGAAGGAAAUGACCUAGCUGGUAAAGUUGCAUUUCGCAUCAGAGCAGUAUGCUGGAAAGGAAAUAUCAAUGUCGAUGCCAUCGUAACAGAUUUCGAGGAAAGAGUGUUUGCGAAGCAGUCGCAAUGGAUAUACAAACCUUCACUGGAGGCACGAGAUACAGUACUUUCACUACCACAGUCGAAAAGCUUCAUAAAAAAUGAGGCUCUUACCCGGUCCCGCUUCACACUGCAGGGUCGACUCGAAGCUUUACAGACCCUGGUUGAUCUUUUGGACGAGGAGCUGAGGCUCAACCAAGAUUCUGAUACUUAUCAACGUAGCUCAUUCAGCUCAGCUGCAACUGUAUCUCGGAAUACAAGCUUCUCAAACAGUUUGUCUACCGCCGCAACUUCCUUCACCACAUGUAUCGAAGAUAAUAGUGUCGUCACACCUCGACUCGAGUCACGCAUGGCUGUUCCAUCCGAUUCAGAGAAAGUAUCUUCAGCAGGCGCGAAGCGAAGACGUGUGGCCACACCUCCUACUUCUCUAACAAAGUCCGAAAGCGCGACGAGGAACGCGAAAAGCAAAGAUGGGAGGCAGACCUCUAAGAAGCUAAAGGGCGAACCCGAGAAGGGCCAAUUAACCCUCUCACAAACCGAGAAGCGACGUUCGAGACUCAGUGACCUAAAAGCACAGGAUGCUACAGUCACUUCUUCAGAUAACGGGACGUUGAACCGAAGCUUCGAUACAAUCAAGUCCGAGGAUCCUGACCAGAUUUUCUCCGACGUGGAAGACCAAGACAUAAGCUCCAACAAUACCUCAAUACUUACGGACACCGGUGAUGAAGUAUCGACAAGGUUCUCAGGCGGUACGCAACUCGAACGCGAUUACCUAGACGAUGUCGAAGCAAAACGCUCCUGCAAAGCAGCUGAGGCUGUUGAGAAAACCCCUUUACAACUCCUGAAUGAGAUAGCGACAUCGGGCCCCCUGAAGACAGUAAAGCGGCAGCUGCCUGAAGACCUGCCGUAUUGGUACACUUUUGAACUCUACAGAGUUAGUCUACACAUAGGAUGGGAAGUUGGCGCCUUGUACCACAAGGCUGGUGUUGCUUGCACUAGCGAGACACUAAGCUACUCCAGCUUUUGGAAGGAAGUGGUCAAGAUAUGUAGAGCUGAUAACAAGCCUGCACCACCACAGUCAAAUGUUAGAGCCUCGACGUUCGAAGCGAACUCUUACAUUGACAAUGAGACGUCAAGAUCAGUCUCGCUUUCUGCUCGACUCGACUUCAUACAAACACCUGAGAACCAGCUCCUCGACCUCAAGCUGAACGCAAUGACCAUUGAUAGGAGUUGUCGAUUUCACCGCAAAUUCGGGGCCGACCGCUUUAUUGUGCUAGACAUACCUUGUUUCGCACCCGACUAUCCUCCGAAUACCCCAGAGAAGCUCAAGAGUUGCAUGCAACCACAAGACAUACACGACCGCAUAUUUGCAUGGCUUGGGAAAGACGACUUGUAUCUUGCAGGUCGAAUCUGGCGUGCCUUUUACGUCGAAACGAAGGAUGCGCCCAAGAAACGACGUAAGGAAGAGGGCACACGAUUGAAGCUUCACCUCUUUGCCAUCAACGGCUUCGACUUUGCAACCCCAAGAUCAGCAGCUUCUGAUCCACGUCAUCGAGCUAUUUCUUUACUUCAGCUUGUACAAUGGCACAUUCCACUGAGGCCAAAUCUUAGUUCGACUGACCUAAAACUCUUUGCUCGUAUGCACCUCGGGCUUUCUAAGACAACUCCAACGAUCGAACUAAAGUCCGAUGAAUUUAUUUACGUUCGCGACAAGCAACCUACAGACCAGUACGGAACCGCGAUCGAAAGUGAUCAAAUUAUGACAGAUGGUUGUGCUCUUAUAUCGUAUCCACUGGCGGCAGCAGUCUGGAAGGAGAUCGGGAAGCAGAACGAGAACGUGCCGAGUGCCUUCCAAGCUCGUAUCGGCGGCGCCAAGGGCUUGUGGAUAGUCGACUAUCACAACACUCACCCUGAAAGGUCUCAUGGACGAGGCUUUUGGAUUGAAGUCUCUGAUUCCCAGCUCAAGAUCAAGCCGCAUCCCGAGCAGAGGAUUGAUGCGGACAGAUAUCAGAGAACCUUUGAGGUUGUCAAAACUUCGCACACGUGUGCUCCUGCACACUUGAACAUUCAGUUAAUCACCAUUCUUGAGAAUAGAGGUGUUCCACGACUUGUGCUUAAAGAACUAUUGUUGACUCACCUACGAGAAUGGUAUGAUUCGUUAGCAGAGGCCAUGAAAGAUGCGGCUGAAUUGAGGUGCUGGCGACAGAUAUGGCAUCCCUCUCUAUCCGAAUCACAAAUUGGCUGGUGUGGAGAGAUGCCUGAUGAAAAGGAGGAGGAGGUCGAUAUGCUACUUGAGAGCGGCUUCGAUCCCAAAUCCUGCCGAUACAUGGUCAAAGACUGCAUGGCGCGUAUUGUCAGCCAGAGUCUAGCUAAUCGACAUACUAAGCUCUGGAUUGAGAUACCUUACAGUACGAAUCUUUUCUGCGUGGCAGAUCCCACGGGAACGCUUCAGCCUGGAGAGAUUCAGGUCAACUUUACGCAACCAGUCUCGGAUUUCCCGGAAUGGAAACUCGAAAAUAUGAGAGUGCUAGUGGCUCGCAAUCCCGCCCAUCUUCCAUCCGACAUACAGGCGGUCAAGCUUGUGUAUAGACCAGAACUGAGACAUCUGAAGGAUGUUGCGAUUUUCCCGAUCCGAGGCGAGUCCCCUCUAGCUGGAAUGCUGUCGGGCGGCGAUUAUGACGGCGACACUGUGACACUCAUCUGGGAUGAUCGAUUCACUGGAAAAUUCGAUAAUGCAUCAGUGCCAACUCUACCUACUAAGAGCGAAUGCGGCAUCACUUCAGCCACUGCAUAUGUCAAAGAUGUCUUUACAGUAUCGACACCUGCCACCAAGGAGGUUAAUGAGUUUAUGUACAAAUGCAUCUCUUUCAAUGCAAUUGCGAGUAGACUUGGUCAGGUUACUAAACUGCUCGAGAAAAUGUGUUAUGCAAAUCCCAGAAAUAUGAAGGAAAAGGAUUUCUUGACGCUCGCUGCGCUAUGUGGUUAUCUUGUCGAUGGAGCAAAGGCUGGGGACUCAUUCAGCACAAAUACUUGGAAGGACUUAGCCAGCAGGAUCCGCAAUAUUUUCCAGCUCCACAGGUUAUCAGACACACCAGCAUACGAUGAUGAAAACGCGACAAGCUCUAACCACCGAUUCCCCUCUAGCGGCCCAUGCAUCAGUGUCCUCGAUUAUUUGAAGUUUGACGUUGCAAUACCGAGAAGUGAAGAAAUACUUCAUAACUUUGACAGAGACUUCAAUCCUGACAAAAUCCGCGACGCCGAUCUGAAGAAGCCCAUAGAUGAUGCAUGGGCAGAGGCCACGAGGACUCUUACCCAACUUACAUCCCAUAAUGAAGUAAAAGCUGUCCUCCGAGGCCUCAAAGAAGACAUUCAAGCUAUUAGUCACAAGUGGACCACGACCAUUGGCCAACUCGACACUGCAAAGGAACACCGGAAUACCGCGACAACGAGGAAUAACAACCCUCUCAACUUCGCCAAGAUUGUCGACGAGCUGUCACAGGCUGUUCAAACGAUUGAACCUCGCAAACAUGAUUGCUAUAUUUACAACGACUUUAUACGGUAUGGUGGCGAUAGGGGCUCUCCGUGGUCAGUUCUUCGUGCAUCUUGUAUGUACAGUGAGUACCCCCGCGGCAAAAUGCCGUGGAAACUUGUUGGAGACGAACUGUGUUUCAUCAAAUCUAUGGCGCUACGCAAGCAAGGAGUCCGACUUCGGUCUGUGCUACAGCCGAUAAGAGAUUACAUGAAGAUGGACCUCAAGAAGCAGAGAAAACUGCCGGUUACUAAUAACGAUGACGAUAGUGGGGACACCGAAGCUGUCCUAGGGGUCGAAACAACGUGA